UGCAGUCCACAGCUUUGGGAGGGAGAGGUACUCACAGCCAUUCACUACUCAUCAUCCUCUGUUUUAUUAUUAGCUCACUUGGAUCUGGCAGCAGCAGGAGGACUCUUGUGCGCAAAUAUCGGGAUCUCAGGUGAAGGUGUGUGUUUGGGGGGGGGGGAGGACAUCGCUGGUUUCGGCGCGAUGGAAGCUGCUUAUGUGGGUCAGGUAGGACUCAAUUGAUUGCUCGUCCCUUUAAUUUAAACCCCACACCGUCGUAACGCCGCGCACUGCUGCUGCUGCUGCUGCUGAAGCUCUUGCUCCAUUUUUUUUCUUUCCGCGCACCAAAUGUACAAGACGAGCAAUUACCCCGCCGUGGACCCCGCGCCCACCAUCAUGCACGGCACCUGGUUCUCCACGGGCUGCCGAGGAAACACGGCCGUGGCGGUGGAGAAACCGAAGAAAAAGGCGUUCAGCCUGGUCAAAAUCAUGUCUCUGAGCAACAAGAAAGGGCACGGCCAGCAUCCGCACCACCACCACAACAACAACAACAACAUGCCCUUUACGAUCCACUGUCACAUCGGGAAAGAGAUAAAGCACAUUUGCAGCAAUUGCAGCCGCGGGAACGAGACGCAAGACGCUGAGGAAGUAGAGAGGCUGGCCGCCAUGCGCUCCGAGUCUUUGAUCUCUGGCACCCACACUCCACCCAUUCGCCGCCGCAGCAAGUUUGCCACUCUGGGGCGCCUCCUCAAGCCCUGGAAAUGGAGGAAGAAGAAGAGUGAGAAGUUCAAGCAGACCUCUGCUGCGUUGGAGAGGAAGAUGUCAAUGCGACAGAGCAGAGAUGAGCUGAUCAAGAGAGGGGUGCUGAAAGAGAUCUUUGAAAAAGCAACCAUUGAGUUCCGAUCCUCCAUGGACGGCGGAGUCUGCACUCAGGAGCCCCAUAUUAAAUCCUCUAUGGUCCUGCCCAGCAAGAAAACUGUCACCUACGCUGGUGACCUUCAGGAUACCCCCAUCAAGCCUCCGCUGUAUCAUAAACAGCCCCCUGCCCUCCCUCCAAAGCCUUUCUCUAGGAUCCCAAACCAUAGCACAGAUUCUUGCCAGCCAAUGAAGUUGCCCUGUAUGCCUGGGGGAAAGCACUCUCCACCUCUGCCCCCAAAGAAAGUUAUGAUUUGUAUGCCUCAAGGGGGGCUGGACUCCUCCUCCCCUUCUCCAUCCCCAAAUCCCCUAAGCGCUCUGUCCGAAAAGUGCGCCCCUUCUCAGAGAAUGUCCCUCCACCACGGCAACUUGCUGCCAUCUCAGUUCGCUGGCUUAUCCAGUCUUCACCAGAGCCACGGUCACCCACUCCAGCUACAGUACGGCAGCUUGCACGCUCCCAGCCGCAUCAUUGAGGAGCUCAAUAAAACCCUGGCGCUCUCAAUGCAAAGGUUUGAAAGCUCUGCAUUGCACGGUGGCGGUCAUUGUAUUCAAUUGGACCGAAGGGAAGUGCCGUCUGUGAUCAUCGACUAUGAGGACGACAAGGAGAACAUGCCCAACGAGUCCGACUACGAAGAUCUGCCCAGCAUGUACAAGGACGAGGACGACGACGUGGAUGAUGACGAGGACGACGAUGAAGACGAUGACUCCAUAUUUACAAGUACCCUGGCUCAGAAGGUGCUGAGGAAAGACUCUUUGGCCAUCAAGCUGAGUAACCGUCCAUCCAAAAGAGAGCUGGAGGAGAAAAACAUCCUGCCCAUGCAGACUGAUGAGGAGAGGCUGGAGUCCAGGCAGCAGAUAGGCACCAAGCUCACUAGGCGCUUGAGUCAGAGACCAACAGCGGAGGAGCUGGAACAGAGGAACAUCCUCAAACCUCGCAAUGAGCAAGAGGAGAUGGAGGAAAAGAGGGAGAUCAAGCGAAGGCUAACACGAAAGCUCAGCCAGAGGCCAACUGUAGAAGAGCUGAGACAGGCCAAGAUUCUCAUCCGGUUCAGUGACUACGUGGAGGUAUCGGAUGCCCAGGACUACGACAGGCGGGCGGAUAAGCCCUGGACCCGGCUAACAGCCGCUGACAAGGCAGCCAUACGGAAGGAACUCAACGAUUUCAAGAGCAACGAGAUGGAAGUGCACGAGUCAAGUCGCCAUUUAACCAGGUUUCACAGACCAUAGUAGACCAUCACUGUCUGGAGCAGUGCCGGACCGAUCCCACCGCUCCUCCACUGAGAACCUUAAGUGCUGGACAGUAAAAAAUGGUGCCCGUUUCUACAAUAAGGCCAUGUCUUCUGAAAUGCCUUUUAUUUUUUUCCAAGACCCAAAACAACUUAGUCGGUACAAGACGCAGACGCCCACUACUCCAUCGACGGAAGUAGCACAUACUGACUCCAGUUGAUUCACAAUGCCCCUAUUUUGGAACAUCGCCCCUCGACUGUCUCGUCAAACCUCUCUGCUGAGCUCUGAAUGCGGGCGCUCAGUUCUGUGGCUGUCAGACAGCAGUAGGGUUAGUUUUUGUUUUUUGCAAUUGAUUGACAUUGUCAACAUUUACUGAGGAAAGCUGUUGGCACAUCAUUAACACCAGAGGACGUGUCUCAGUGGACACGUUUUUAUCCCCUCUUCCUUAUAAUGCUGUUACUCCAGACUCCUCUCGCCCGAAUCUGCACUUGGAUGCAGUGUUGACUGUUCUUAGCUCACUGAUAUCAGCAAAGGAUCCGCCUCUACUGCACCUGCUGGGACUUAGGAUACAGCUUCAAAUAUGGGGUCUAACAUUAGAAACCGUGCAAUAUUGUUUUCCUCUGCUUUUUCCUAGGCUAUAGCACCCCCUAGAGUCCCCUCUUCAUCAUUACUCUGUGUAGUCCUGACUUCUCCUCUUCCCUCAUUAUGUGCAAUUCUCACUGUACCGACAAUGUUGACAUCUUAAAUGCUUAACUGUGAAUUUGAGAGUCUUGAGCUCUCUCCAAAUGUACAUUUUGUUUAUAAUAAGGAAGAAAGUUACUUUCAAAGAUGAAUCAUGCUUGACAAAGUCACAAUCUUAUACAUUUUAAUGUAAAAAAAAAAAAAUUGCAGCUGCCAGAGAUAUUCUGGUUCCAGUUUGUGCAACACUGAUCAUUUUUUAUGAUUUAGUUUUUGAUAGAACCGCUUUGAUCAUUUAUAAUUGGUUUCAUGAUUUUAAAUGUUCUAGCUCUUCGGUUUGUGAGAUUUUUUUUUUGUUUUUAAACAAAUGACCAAGAGCUGGCUCACCAUGUUGUUAUGUAAUACAUUUAAUUGUGUUUCAGCGCUGCGUUGAAUGAUCUCUGCAUUGUAUUAUACUUUACUUUUAUACUCGUGACAUUAUAAGCUUUUCAACAAGCAAUAUCUGUUUUUUGUAGAGAAAACUACAGGUGUACUUCCCACCAUUUUUUAACUGUGCUUACACUAUACGACUCACUUCAGGGUUUUGAUUUUCUUUUAGAAUAGUCUUUUCUUUCCAUGAGGACUUUUUCUUGACUGAGCCACCAAAAUAAUCUGCCUCUUUAACAGCUUACAGACUCAUUCGACAACACCUGAUUCAAUCUAGAAAUUAUGACUGAACCUGAUGAUGAAUUCUGACACAAGUACAGAUUUUUGGUGAAUUCACUGAGGUCAGGAUUUUUUAUUUUUUUUUUUUUUUGCAGAAAUUCUUUGCACUGAGAAGAGUUUGGCUUUACAGUGGCCACUGUUUUAAGAUCAGGGCCUAUAGGUGUAAAAUAAUGUUGGAUUUCUGAACUGUGACCACUUUGUUUUCUUCACUUUAAAGCUCUUGUCACCUGAUCACUGAUACUACACCAGUAUUCCAAUGCUCAUAAGCUUUAUGUACACAGAAUAUUUUCAUUAUUUUUUUACUGUUUUACUUUUAAAGUUGCAAUAUGAAAUUCAUGUUUGUCAGAUGAGUAAAGGGAGUACAGGCGAAAGGCUGUCGGCCUCCUACUACAACAUGUGUCUGCAUUGAAAACAAGCUUUCCUUUAUUUUCUAAGUCUCCAUCUGUUACGGAUAAAUGAGAAUAUAGUACUUUUUUGUGCACUUAAUAGUUUUUAUGUGAAAUAUUUUGGAUUAUGUUUGGAGCACCUCCUCAAAAUCAAUGCACAGAUUGAUCCUUUAUUUGAAUCAGAAAUUGAUGGGGUGAUCCUAUCCUGGAGACUUUGAAAAAGAUGAGGUUUCUUUGUGUAAGAACCAGAUUUCUGUCUGAUUCCAGCAUCAUGCCACCUAACUGAAAUGUCCCAUCUAUAUGUGCAGUAAAAUAGUGUAAUAGUAAUACAUUUAGACAAAUCUGCUCCAGUUUUAAUUUCAGCUCCGAGACAUAAACCUGAGCCUCUGGUCUGAGCAUGAGGUUUCCCCAUUUUUGCUGGAAUCAAGGAACAUGAAUUCAGCAAUAAUCGUUUUUCCCUUUUUCAUGUUAGAGGAGCAGCUGAAUGAAUUUUGAAAGUGUUUCUUUUUUCAUUUCUUUUUUUUUUUUUUUUCAUUUUUGAAAUACAGAGUACCGUGUACAGGAAACAUCAUGCCAAUUAAAUUCCAUUUCUGAAUGCAGUGCAUUGUUUGAAUGAUAUUUUAUUUAAAAGAAUCUCCACAAUCCAUGGCUUGUAAUUUUACUUAAUUUACUGUUUCUGUCAUUUAGACAUGAAUGUUAGGUUUUUUGGCCAAUAUGAAGUUAAGCUUAUACUAUGAUUCAGUGCUUUAUUUCCCAUUUAACUUAUUUCCCUGUAAGGCCUAAAGGUAGCUUUUUCAGGAAGCGGAGGUGAAACACAUGAGGCUCAGAUAUUGAGAGAAUGAAUGCAAUAGUGUCGUUGCACUUGUAUUACAGGAACAGAUAGGGCCUUAAAGGGUAAACUGUGUGACACUGCAAAUCAGUCUCACAUUUUCAUCUGCUCAUUUAUGAAGAUGUAAAAAAAUAAGUGAUUUUAAAAAGUAAAAGAAGCACUAAAACACAUGGUUCAAUGUAAUAAGAUGACCAGGAUGUUGUCUAUAAACAUAUAAAGAUUGUGGUUUUCAAGUCAGUCCUAAAAGAUACACUGAUGCAUUUGUAUGUUGAUGGAACUUUUGCUUACUAGAAUUAGAAGGGGAUAUUCAAUUAAUCCAAAUUGGGGGACAAGGUGCCCUUGGCCCUAUGGAUAUAUUUGAUUCUGAUGUUUAAAGGCUUCGGCUGUAUAAUACUAAAGGUGUGUGUUAUCACUAUGUUAAAAAAACUCAAAAGAUUAACCUUAAAAAUGCCUUAAAGAUUAGAACAAUAGGCUAUUAGCUUAUUUAGGCCACUCAAAUUACCAAUUAAUAUCCUGACUCAGCAUUAUUUGUUGUAACCAAAAGAAUCAAUUUAUGGAGCAAAUUCUAUUGGAAUUUGGUGAAACGGAUGCACUAAUAGACAUCGAGAUACACCUCAACCCUACAGCUUACCUUAUUUAGGUUGACUAUUUUGUCCAAGUAGCAUUAUGUUAAAUUAGCUAGCCUUUUACAUUUAGCCUAGACCACUUGUAAGGAUCAAGUUAAGUUAACACACUGGAACUUUUAAUGAAAAAUAUGCUGGAUGUAAAAUCUGAAACAUUUUGCACCACAUCUGGCAGUCACAAAGGUCCAUGCAACAUUAUCAAGGCCUACGCAGCCUUCCAGAGACAAAAGAAACACACAAUAUGUCAGAAAUAAACUCGUUACAAUGUUUGUUCUAUGUUCCAAAACCAUGUUGUUGUCCAAAACAGGUUAGGGAUAAAGUGAGAGGGGUCUGUCUGCGGGCUGCCAGAGAGGGGCGGAACAUGUAGCCUACCUGUCCGAAUCUCAGCAGAGAACCACGAUGGUUUUGCCGCCAAAAAAACCCGGAAGUUGUGGUCAAACGUUUGAAAGACACACAGACAAGUAAAAAUAUUUUCUUUAGACAACUAGUAUUUUAUUAAAUAUAAGCAUUUAAGUCACUCAUACAAGUAACACAGGAUUAUAUCACAACCAGAGUUGAUAAACUUUCUUUUAAAGCGAACAAUGUUUAUUUUAUUUAAACAAUAGGCUAUUUAUUUUAUUCAACCACCAACUGUUACAAUAGCAAAAGUUGUACACUUUGUAAAAAGCGUUAGUUUAAAUAAGUAUGAUAUAUGACAUUCAAAUUACUGUAAGUAUUCAUAGAGAAUUAUGUCAUCUUACUGAAAUUAUUUGGGUUUAUUACACGCUUAGAUUGCAUAAUUUUUGUAUUUU